AUGUCCAACACAAACAUCAAGAAGACUAAGGUCGCCAUCAUUGGCACAGGGAUUUUCGCCAAAAAGGCGCAUUUGCCAUCGUUGACGGACUCCCCAUACUUUGAGCCGGUGGCGUGCUUCAACCGGACCACCAGCAAAGCGGAGGAGUUUGCAGGCCUUUCGACGCCUGCACUCAAGGUGUACCAGGAGUUUGACGAUGCGUUCAGGGACCCGGAGGUCGAUUUGGUGGACGUGUUGUUGCCCGUGCAGUACAACCUCGAGGCCGUCGAGAAGGCCGUCAAGUACGGCAAGAACGUGGUGAUCGAGAAGCCGAUUGCGGCGAAUCUGGACCAGGCCCGCCAGAUUGUGCGUCUUGCGAAGGAAAACCCUAAGGUGCUGGUGGCAGUGAACGAGCACUGGGUGUACUUGAAGGCGGUCACCGAGUUGAAGGCCGCUAUUGCGAAGAUCGGUACCGUGGUGGGCUUCAACUACCACUCGACGGGCUCCUUCAACUUCAACAACCAGUACUUGAGCACCUCCUGGCGCCAGAACCCAGAGCACAUUGGCGGCUUCUUGAGCGACGGUGGUGUGCACCAGUUGGCGCUUCUCACGUCCGUGCUCGGCAACGUCGAGGCGUUGAACGCCCGAACCGUGCAGGUGAGACCACAGAGCGGUGACGUCGACGUCGUCUGGGCACUCUGCAAGAUGGCCUCCGGUGUCGUCGGCUCGUUCAACUAUGGCAGCGCCUUCGGCAACAAAGAGAAGAAGGGCUUCUUCGAGAUCCUCGGCGACAACGGCAGCGUCUACUACGACUUCUCUCCAGCCACGGGCAACCGCUUCGUCGUACGCACGGGCGGCCACACAGCCGGCGACGAAAAGACUGAGGAGGAGGUCCUCAUCAAGGACGAGUUCUGGAGCACCGCUAGGGAGUUCGAAAAGCUCGGCAGAGAACUCCACGGCGAGCCGGGUAGCGUCGUCUGCUGGCCCGAGGUCGCCUUCCACCACUUAGCCAUUGUCGAUGCCAUGCUCAGAAGCUCCAAGACUGACGCUGCCACUGUCCAAGUGGCUCUACCAUAG